AUGAAGCAUUUUAUUGUAAUUUUGUUAGCGAUUAAAACGGUAGAAAAUGCCACUAUGUCUUGGGGAAACCUCCAACCACGAAAUUUGCAAAUUUUCGAUCAACUCUUUCAUCAGACACGUGAAAAUAAUUUUAUUCUUGGAGAAAACUUUGUGUUUUCGUCGCCGUACGGUGCUUUAAUCACUGCCAUUCAUGUCACCGAUUUGACAUUUCAACAAGACGGUGGAACUGUGAGAAUACUCAGUGGUGGAAUUGGUUACAACUACGUUAAACUUCAACUCAUCUCCGAGUGUGGUAAGCAACUGCUACUCAACGUAGAAAUAUUUGGAAGCUAG